UCCAUCGCUAGCGGACGAGCCAUCUCAUCCUCGCUCUAUUUUCGCCUUCGAUCGAGGAGUGGAGUUCGCCGCGAGGAUACCCCCAUGGCUACUGUGACUGCAUCACACUUCAUUGCUAAAACCCCAUGUUCCAGCUACAAUAGAGCUGGUGUUUCUGAGGCUCUGGCCUUCCGAAUCAGAACGAUCCCCUAUCUGAGUAAUCAUGCCAGUAGUUUUGGAGAACUGAGAUCUUGGAACCGGAUGGAUUCACGUUUGAUGCAAUGCGCAAAGGCAACCCCUAGUCCAGCAAGGAAGGGGAUCCGACAUGUUGGUUUAAGACACUUUGUUGUCUGUGCAAGUGGAAUGAACUUGGUCUUUGUUGGUGCUGAGGUGGCUCCAUGGAGCAAAACCGGAGGGCUCGGAGAUGUUCUUGGAGGACUGCCGCCAGCCAUGGCUGCAAACGGACACAGGGUGAUGACUGUGGCUCCGCGAUAUGACCAAUACAAAGAUGCAUGGGAUACGAGUGUCACAGUUGAGUUGAAAGUUGGUGAUAGAAUUGAAACUGUUCGCUUCUUCCACUGCUACAAAAGAGGAGUUGAUCGGGUGUUUGUGGAUCACCCUUUCUUCCUUGAGAAGGUUUUGGGAAAAACUGGAGGAAAGAUAUACGGUCCUGACACAGGAACUGAUUAUGAAGAUAACCAGCUAAGAUUCAGCCUUUUGUGUCUAGCAGCUCUGGAAGCUCCAAGAGUACUGAAUAUCAACAACAGCAAAUAUUUUUCUGGACCAUAUGGGGAGGAUGUUGUAUUCAUUGCUAAUGAUUGGCACACUGCUCCGUUGCCUUGCUACUUAAAAGCCUUGUAUCAAGCCUAUGGAGUCUACAAGACUGCUAAAGUUGCUUUCUGCAUUCAUAAUAUUGCAUAUCAGGGUCGGUUUGCCUUGGCAGAUUUUUCACGUCUCAAUCUCCCUGAAACAUUUGAAUCUUCUUUUAAUUUCAUCGACGGCUAUAGCAAACCAGUGAAAGGGAGGAAAAUUAACUGGAUGAAGGCUGGAAUUAUAGAAUCAACUCGAGUGUUGACUGUGAGCCCAUACUAUGCCCAGGAGCUUGUUUCAGGGAUCGAAAAGGGAGUCGAGUUGGACAAUGAACUGCGCAUGAAAACCAUCUAUGGGAUUGUAAAUGGAAUGGACAUCAAUGAGUGGAAUCCGUUGACAGACAAAUACGUAUCAAUAAACUACGACGCAGAGACGGUAAUGGAUGCAAAACCUCUCAACAAGGAGGCUUUGCAAGCCAAGGUUGGUCUACCUGUCAACAAAAACAUGCCUGUGAUAGCCUUCAUUGGAAGACUAGAAGAACAGAAGGGUUCAGACAUUUUAGCGGAAGCAAUUCCAGAGUUUAUUAGUGAGGAUGUUCAAGUUAUAGUGCUCGGUACGGGUAAAAAGAAGUUAGAGCGUCAACUUGCAUUGCUGGAGGACAAGUUUCCGGACAAAUUCAGAGCACAUCUGAAGUUCAAUGUUCCUUUGGCUCAUGGAAUCAUGGCAGGUGCUGAUAUGCUUAUUGUUCCAAGUAGAUUUGAGCCAUGCGGUCUCAUUCAGCUCCAGAGCAUGAGAUAUGGAAUUCCUCCCAUAUGUACCACCACUGGCGGACUCGUUGACACGGUAAAGGAUGGCAUCACUGGUUUCCAUAUGGGCCCCUUCAGUGUAGAGUGCGAUGCCGUGGAUAAAUCAGACGUGGAAAAGAUUGUAAAAACGGUGAAGAAGGCCCUCAAAGUGUAUGGGACACCAGCCUUUGCGGAGAUGAUACAGAACUGCAUGGCUCAAGAUCUCUCCUGGAAGGGCCCUGCGAAGGAAUGGGAGAAGUUCUUGCUGAGCCUUGGUGUUGAAGGUAGUGAAGCUGGAAUAGAUGGGGAGGAAAUAGCUCCUCUUGCCAAGGAAAACGUAGCUACUCCAUGAAACUGAUGGGGCUAGGUGUUCCUCUCGUUCGCACAAAAGUAGUUUAACUGACACUCCUCACCUUACGUAACGUCCACAAGUCAUCAUAAUGCACCAUCAGUUGUUGCUUAGUGUGAAUUGUUGCUUGCGUACGCUGAUUCAAAUUUUGAGAAAAGUAGCACCUUGGUUUU